AUGAGAAACUCUUCGUUUGGGGGUUCUGAUGAUUGCUUGUGUGUUGUACAGAUUGGUAAGCAUAGAUAUAAGCUUAUGAACUAUAUGUUGUUUCUGAGGAUAACAACAACACUGCCAAAUCUAUUCAUCAAUUUGGCUUCUCCGAUAUUCGAUGUACCUUUUCAUGUCUUCUUUUUGGCGACAUUGGUUGGUCUCAUUCCCGCAGCUUAUAUUACCGUCAGGGCUGGACUUGCUAUUGGAGAUCUCAAACCGGAUUUGUACUUUGAUGAUACUGCAGAAAGAAAGCUUGAGACUUUGUACUUUUAUCUUAUAAGAGUAUAUAGUUCUUUAGAGUUUCCGAUGUUUGAUCUACCUCAGGUAAUUGAUCUUCUUCUAUUCAAGGGAAUAGAAGAGCUGACUGACAUUGUGGAUCACGCAAAGCAGCGUCACCACAUCAUCGGCCAAUACGUUGUGGCUGAAGAGCUCGUUACCGGAAGCAAGGAAAGUAUGAGUUUCUCAAGAAUUUCUACACCAGCAACUACUUUUGAACUGUCUUUCCACUAUUGUAUUUCAUGA